AGGAACCUAUGGGGGUGAGUAGCCCCAUGUACUCUCUCUAUAUAACUAUUAUAUAUCAUUCAAGUCUUGCUAAUUGCCUGACAGCGUGGUAUGGCACCGACAGUUGCGGGUGCUUCUCGUCGACUACAGCUAUUUCAUAACGCACUCCAUCCUACGCCUCCCCCUGGCAGACAGCGUUGCGCCCGAGUCCAAGAUCCUGCUGCUGCUCAUUCGAUACGUCAGGAUCCAGAUGGCUUUCCUGGUCUCGGGAUUGCUGCAUCUGCCCAUCGACACCAUGCAGGGUGUCCCGCUGCGGGAGUCCGCGAUAGUGACGUUUUUCACUGUGCAGGCGCUGGGGAUCCUCAUUGAGGACGCCGUCUGUGGCAUCUACCGCUGGAUCACGACGGGCUCGUUCUCCCGCCAUGAGGCACGGAGUUUAGAGAAGAAGGAGCCGGCGCUAUGGAUGAAGCUGGUCGGCUUUCUGUGGUUGAUAUGCUGGGCAAUGUGGUGCAUGCCGCCGUGGAUCUUCCCGGUCAUCCGCAGGCCGCCCAUGUCCGUCGUCCCCUAUUCGUUCUUCGCCAGGGCUGAGGCAUAGACCUCGUCCAAGAGAGUCGAAUGUAGUGCAUCGAAGUGCAUCAUCAUCACUGCACGCCAUCAAGCUAUCCCUAGGGUCCCCGGGGUAUUUACGCCCAAUUGAAAAGAGCCAUCAACCAUUGAAAAAGAAGAUCGGAACAGAGAUAAAAACAAUAACUAUUAGAUCUCAUAUGCAGAUAGACCCGAAGGGAUAGAUAGCAUGUCGACAAUUCAAUUUAUUUAAUCUUCAGCAACCUCAGCUCGCAGUCCCUGAACUGGUUACCUCCUUAUUUAUCCCGGCCAACACGGAGAUUUUUAUAUACUUUGACCAGCAACUGGCCACCAGCUUGGUUUCAUCCAGAGAAGACGGCGAUAUCCUGGAACAGCAUCGAUAUUACCGAGAGAGAACUGGCGAACAGCAGUCAGAAUAUACCACUUAUCCCCCGCGCUGGCUGGUACUUCCCAGGCUG